AUGCAGGAGCCGCGCGCUCCGUCCUUGAGGGCUGCCGGGCUGACCUUGCUCGGCUUUCUCGGGAGGACUGAAGGCCGACCUUCGCGCUCUCCCUCGCUGCCGGCCCGGGGACCGCACUGGGCGACAGAUCCGGAGCCCGGCCGGAGGGGGCGGUGCGCGGCGCUUUCCAGCGCACAGGCGGACCUAGCCCGAGCCCCGCUCCCCAUUGGCCGCCACCUCGGCGGGAGGGGCCGCCCGGGUUCGGGGCACCUGGCGUCGCCCCUCCGCAGGGAAGUCGGAGGCUGCCCGGCAUGGGCGCCCGGAGGUAAAGGCAUCGGGAGGGAGGCCUGGGGUAUCUGUGGAGCUCGAGGAGACCAGCCCUGUUCUGCCAGCUGCCCCGGGGCGGGCGGCUCUCGGAUGCGCCUGCUCUGGCUUCGCCAGCCGGAAACUUUGCUCCGAGAAGUCCCCCACCCUCCUGAUCGCGCCGAGAGGCGCCUGGUGGGCCGCGCGCCCCCGGGGGCCCCGCAGCCCCGCGCGUGA